CUGCUGCUGCUGCUCCUCGCCACCCCCGGAGCCGCUCCUCCCUCCCUGGACUCGGCUGACGUAUUCGGGCACCGUGAGACGGUCUGAGCUGAUCAUGACGGACAAGUGUCCGGAGAGCCUCCACAGGAAGAAGAAAGAAUGCUGAAAAUUUGGCAAAAGCAAACACCGGAAGUGGGGUGACUGACACAUGCUUCCAAUGAUUGGGACCAUACGGUUCAUCGUUUCCGUCUCAUUCUCCCACUGCAGAGGAAACAUGAGGCUGUGGGCCGUGCUUUUCCUUGCGCUAGUCACUCAGAUCUUAGCUGCAGACGAGUCAUGCAUGGGUCGCUGUGAGAAUGGUUUUGACUCCGAGAAGAAGUGCCAGUGCGACAGCAUGUGCAAGUACUACAAGAGCUGCUGCGUCGACUUUGAGGCCACAUGUGGCAUGAUGACUCGCGGAGACACAUUCGAUUUAGCGGAAGAUGAUGAAGACUAUCGUGAAAGCGCCACGACUUCCGCACGUGUGGCGCCCUCCAUCAGUCCCACUCUGAUGGCCGUUCCUGACUUUGCCCACAGACCAAAUUGGCGACCAGAAGCCACAUUAGAAAUGAAUAAACCUCCGCCGAGGUCUCCAAGAGUCACCGUGUCACCGUCAGUGAAGCACCCCAGUAGCACCAAAGUCAGUGUUGCAUUGGCUCAGACGACCACACCUCCACCUACACCUGCAACCACGCCUGGCACCACUGCGGCUCCUGACCCUGAUGCUGAGGUGUGCAGCGGCAGGCCCUUUGACUCGUUCAUGCAGUUGAAGAAUGGCUCCAUCUUCGCCUUCCGCGGCGAGUACUUUUUUGAGCUGGACCAGAAGACUGUACUUCCUGGCUAUCCCAAGCUCAUAAAGGACGUGUGGGGCAUCAGCGGGCCCAUCGACGCCGCUUUCACAAGGGUCAACUGCCACGGGAAGACAUACAUAUUUAAGGGGAACAAGUACUGGAGGUUUGACAACGGCGUGCUGGAUGAAGACUACCCUCGGAAUAUCAGCGUAGGCUUCGACAAUAUUCCAGAUCAUGUGGACGCUGCCUUCGCUCUCCCCGCUCACACCCACGAUAGCAGGGAGAAGGUGUAUUUUUUCAAAGCGGAUCAGUAUUACGUGUACGAGUUUUUGCACCAGCCGUCCCACGAGGAGUGUGUCACCAUAUCUAAGAGGUCUCCAUCCACGCUGUUCAGACGCUACACUAACAUGUACUCCAGCAACUAUGACAGAUUUUUCACCGAUCUCUUCUCAGAAAUGCCCCAGCACCACAGCCAUCACCACUUUAUUGACAAAGACUGGAAGGGUUUCAAGUCACCGGUGGACGCUGUCAUGGCUGGCCGACUCUACGUCCCUCCGCGCCGCCUCCGGCCGAACCAAACAUGGGGCCGUUACCAGCAUUACCAGCAAUACAGACAGCAGUACGGUCAACAGUACGGUCAGCAGUGGGGGCGAAGGAGGCAGAACCGCUCGGCCUUCUCGGAAUCCAUUGCCGAGAGGGGCAUGGGCAUGGGCCAACAGUUUGCAGAGAGGGGGAUGGACAUGGGCCUGAGGCUGGCUGAGAAGAGGAUGGAGAUGGAGGAGAGGCUGGGACGAGAUUGGAGCAGACGGUGGGGUCAGGACUGGGACCAGGAUAGGAUGGGACGAGACUGGAGCAGACGGUGGGAUCAGGACUGGGACCAGGACAGGCGCAGAGACGGCUACAGGCAGAACAAUAGAGGCAACUACGACUCCAGAUACAGGAAUGACAGGCCCUACUGGAGGACUAUGCCCGUACAGAGCAUCUACUUCUUCAGAGGAGAUACAUACCACAGAGUGGACCUCAGCACCAAGAGAGUGGACCCGGCCAUACCUCCCUAUCCCAGAUCCAUCGCCAAGUACUGGCUCGGCUGCUCAGACACAGCAGGGGCUGAGAAGAAGUAACUUUUUUUUUUUUUGGUACUUAAAAGAAGAGAUUUUUCAAAAGAUUUGUGUGAGAUGGGAUCAGUGUAACACGUAACUAGCUUGCUUGUCAGCUUGAGCAAAUAUUGAAGAUGAUCGAAAGUCCAAACUCUAGACGACCCACUUCGUUAACUACUAUUCCAUCAUAAUACAAUGCAAAGGCAAAAGCUUCAGAGGUACUGUUCCUGAGUGCACCUUCUAAAAAACUAAAACCAACUGCAACAAUGGUAUUCCUAAUUUCACGCAACGGUAAAUAAUUUAUGCUCACAUUAUUUAUCGUAUGAUUCCCACUUACUCAUUUAUGUGACAUCCUUGGAUUUAAUGGAUUUGUGGAUUGAAUCCUGCAGCAAUAACUGUAGAAAUGAGUUGAGGGUUGUUGUUUUUCAAGGCCCCAAUCCUUCCACUUUUUUACAAUCUCAACAUUGUGUUUGUGUUUACCUAUAAGGAAUAAAAACAUCAACUACU